UUCGAUUCCUUAGUCGGUUUCAGGUAUUUAUGAAAGUACCAAGAAACUUCCCCUCACAUAUUCAUCUCCUUCUAUAAAAACCCUAUUCCUCUCUCACAUCACAAAUAUUCUAUUCACUCUUUCUUUCAUAAAAAAAUCGCUUAUUUUUCAUAAUCACUUUUCAGUUUCAUCAACAACAUUAUGAGCUACUACGAUCAUCAACAACAACCUCCUGUUGGUGUUCCACCACCACAAGGGUAUCCACCAAAAGAUGCUUAUCCUCCACCAGGGUACCCUCAACAAGGUUACCCUCAACAAGGGUACCCUCCUCAAGGAUAUCCUCAACAAGGGUACCCUCAACAAGGUUACCCACCUCAACAGUAUGCUCAACAGCCUCAGCAGAACAAAGAAGUUGGGUUUCUUGAAGGAUGUUUGGCUGCACUCUGCUGUUGUUGCAUGCUGGAUGCUUGCUUUUAGUUCUGGAUGAGAAGCUGCUUUUGACUCAUCAGUGUGAUGCUGGAAGAAGUGAUGUUAGGAUUUCUUUAGGUUAUUAAAUAGUAGAUAGUAUGUCUUAUUUUGAGGAAUUCUAAUUCCUCCAGUUUCUAUGAUUCUGUAUCUAAACCCAGUGAAUUCAUGAAUUUUAUUUGUUUUAACUUUGAACUUCAAGUGAAUGGAAUUAACAAUUAAAGCA